AUGGCAGUUUUGGUGAAAACUUGUUGCUGCGGGUGCAGUCUACGAACAGGUGUUAUGAUUCUCGGAAUCUUCGGCCUAGUAAGUUUUAGCAAAGAUUAAUUACAUAAAACUCUGAAGUAUCCCUCUGCUUUCAUACCUUUUUGAAGAAACUGCUAGCUUUUAGUUCCGCAGAAAAUAACUAAAGCGGAGAUUAACUGCGCGAAAGUUCGUUCCAUCUCUUAAAAAAUUUCUGUAGGUUUUAGUGCAUAGUUUCUGUCUGUUCAAAAACGAUCCAGGUGUUGCUAACCGUACAAAUUAUAUUUUCAGUGCCAAGGCAUUUGCGUAUUCUGGCAUUUCAGAACGAGAAAUUGUAACCUUCUUAACGUUUACUAAGUCAAAAAAUAAUAAUUCAAGCAGUUUGGUUUGCUGAGACUGUGUUCUGUGGUUUUUUAAUUCUUUUCUUUCCUGUUUUUAAAUUACAUGUUGCAUUUGCAAGUCUUACAUGUAAGUGAACAAAAGAUCCUCGGGAGUGUCUGAGCGAAGAAGAAUUAGUUUAAUAUGUCAAGUAGUUCAAUUUAUUUUAAACCUGAUUCCUAAUUCCUUCCGUAUCUAUAUUACAGAUUGUAUCAGCAUAUUCAAUUUAUCAACAAAGUCAUGACAUUAAAGUUUACAAGCUUCUGGAAAAAAACGUCGAUGAAUUCAGCCAAAAUUCGCCUUCCAGCAAAAGCAAAAAGCUUUUUCUAGGUAUUACAUCUUACUUUUGUCUUGUUUCGUAAAUAUGCUAGGAAGAACACAUGUUUAGGAUGAAAUUGUCUGCUGUUGAAAGAUUAUCCAAUGUGUAAUAUACAUUUUACCAUUGCGAUCUUGCUGCGAUCUUCCGUGAAAUUAGCACCGUAAAAGUGACGUUCAACCCGCGUUUUAUGGAAAUGUUCAGCAUACUUUAUGGGAGAUGUACCUUCCCGGCCUUGCUUUUGUCUCAUCAAAUCUUUCAAAAAGCUCAAUUGAGCUUGCAGGAGAGCAAGUCUGACAGGUUUGAGAAUAGUCUCAGUUUGGCACUCCUGAUUAAAUUCGUGCCAUGCACGGCUAAGAAAGGUUGAGGGGUUUUUGAGUUAUUUCCCAACACUAAAGACUUUUUUACCCACGGUGGAUUCGAAGGAAAUAAAAAGUUCCCUAAAGUAGAGAAUGACUUUGGAUGUUCGUUCGUUAAAAUAAUCCAUUGACAAUGAUUCCGGAGACAAAACAUUUGAUUUGACGAAGGGACUGUACUACUAAGUGCUAUCCUGCACGAACUAAUACAACAGGGGGAAUGUAUUUGAAUCCACAAGCAGCCAUUGAACAUCCUCUAUCUUCCAUCUUCCAUGCAUUGAUUGAUUGAUUGAUUGAUUUUUCUUGUCUAACGCUCAUCUCUUUAGUGAUCAUCACACUGGGUUACGUUAACCUCGCAUUCAAAGUGAUCUCACUGUUGGUGAACCUGUUACUUCUGGGAUCAAGUUGCUCAGUAAGUCCAACAUUACAAUUGUCCUGUAACAAGAACACAAAUUAAGUAUAUAACUGAAAAUUAUCGGAGAAGAUUUGAGAUUGUGACAAAACUUUGUCUUAGUGGGUCAUAAUAAUUCAUCUUUUAGAUAGUGGGUCAUAAUAAUUCAUCUUUUAGAAAUGUGAAAACUAGCUGUAAGAUUUUGCGACGGAGCUAGCUUUUCGACGCCAGCCAGAUUUAACAUUGGUUUUAUUUCAUUUAACUGUUCCUGUUUUCUUUGGUUUUUUUUUUCAUUGAUUAGGCAUUACUUACCAAUAGUUCAGUCUGGCCUAGUUAAUAUCAGUUACGGUGUUAUCAUCUUCAUAAUUCGGGGCUCGGGGAAUAAUUGUUAAUUGGUAUCUACCACACAAUUGCAAAAAAAAAAAAAUGUUUAUGUUUUUCAAAGUGCCGAAAAAUAGUUGUUGUUCUUUUCCGUCGCAGGGUGACUCGCGCUUGGCAUUUCCUUGGCUUGGGUGGAGUAUGUUCGAGCUCUUCUUCAAUUUUGGAUUGAUCGCAUUUUUUAUUAUCGUCAUCAGAGGGGUAAAUUGAAACAAAAAUUUGUAUUGAGUGUCAGACGAAAAUUUUCGACGGACUUAUUACUGAACAUGAUUUAUGAUUUAUGCCAUAGUUUGCAUUCUUCUUGCUUCUCUACGGCAUUGAAUGGCUGCUGUCGGUAAGUUUUGUUGCACUCCUAGAGCAAUUUUCAAUUGAGUAUUGCUAGUAAUUCGAGAUUUCAUAGCUGUUGAUUAGCUUUGUUCCAUGAUCGGUUCAGAAAAACCACGCCAUCCUAUUUUUCAUUUCCUCCUCAAGAUCUACUUCAUCGUGGUGGUGUAUUCGUACAUCGAAGACCUUGGUCGAGAUCCAAUUCCACCUGGAAACAUUGAACAGGCGGAACCACCCCUUGGAAUGUCCACUGCUCAAUUUCCAUUAAAUGUAAUUUAUCCAUCGGGAACAAGUUCCACUUUUUCUUCCUCCUUUGACAGGCGGCAACCAAAGUCAAGUGGUAAUUACAUUUCCGUUGUUUCAAUGCUCCGUAAACUGCGAAACCAAAUUCGCCAAAUUUUACUAGGUAAAAAUUAGCUCUGAUAGCAUCUGCUAACGAACCAGCAUUUCAUCUGGGAGAAAUAGUGGUCGCUUUUCUUCAGUUAUAAUGUUGUGACCCUCGAGAAGUGCCUCAAAAUUUUUUUGACUAUGUAAUAUGACCUCAGUAUUCUGAUUUUGUAACAGUAAAAAAACUGAAAGCUUAUCUCAGCUCUAUGCCUUAAGACGGCGUUUCUAUCUAGUCGAAUCCAUGCAAGCAGAGGGUACCAAUUUAGAAUUUUUUAAUCCCUGGCCAAGUAUUCCCUUCUCUGCAAAGUAUUAGUGGUCUCUGGGGGUUCACAGGUUCAAAUGAUUACUCUGCUGGUCAGUUUAUUGGAUUUCCUCGCUCAUUAGUGCUCAGUCACAAUCUCGCGAGAUUUGAGCUGGCGAGCGAUGCGAACGUGCGAGAGGUCUAA